AUGGGUGUUCCCGCCAUGUUUCGCUGGCUCAGCCAGAAGUACCCCAAGAUCGUGUCCACUGUGAUAGAGGAGCAGGCGAAGAAGGUCGGCGACCAUGUCGUCCCCGUCGACCGCACCACGCCCAACCCCAACGGCGAGGAGUUCGACAACCUGUACCUCGACAUGAACGGCAUCGUGCACCCGUGCUCGCACCCCGAAGACAAGCCUGCGCCCAAGACUGAGGCUGACAUGAUGGUGGCCAUCUUCGAGUACACUGACCGCGUCGUCGGCAUGGUGCGCCCGCGCAAGCUGCUCUACAUGGCUGUUGACGGCGUCGCCCCGCGUGCAAAGAUGAACCAGCAGCGCUCUCGCCGCUUCCGCGCCGCCAAAGAGGCCGCCGAGAAGGACGUAGAGCGCGCCGAGUUCGUCAAGAUGCUCAACUCGCAAAAGGCCAGCCGUGGUGAGGACAUCAACAGCAUUGAGGAGGUCGUCGAGAAGACCUGGGACUCCAACGCCAUCACCCCUGGCACCCCCUUCAUGCAUCUUCUCGCCGAGUCUCUGCAGUACUGGUGUGCCUACAAGUUCACGACCGACCCGUCGUGGAAGGACAUGAAGGUCAUCAUCUCUGACGCCUCUGUGCCCGGUGAGGGCGAGCACAAGAUCAUGAACUUUGUCCGCUCCCAGCGCGCCAUGCCCACUCAUGACCCCAACACCUCGCACGUCAUCUACGGCCUGGAUGCCGAUUUGAUUAUGUUGAGUCUUGCAACCCAUGAACCUCGCUUCCGUGUACUCCGAGAAGACGUCUUCUUCGACUCCGGUAAGGACAAGGUUUGCACGCGCUGUGGCCGCAAGGGCCACAUCCGCAACAACUGUGAGUUCCCAGACGACGGGAAGAAGCUCACCGAAGAGGAGGCUGCCGAAGAGUGGGCUUCGUCCGAGCACCAGCUCAAGCCUUAUAUCUGGCUACACACCGGCAUUCUCCGCGAGUAUCUUGCCGUCGAGAUGGACACUCCCAAGAGGACCUUCAAGUACGACCUGGAGCGCGCCCUCGACGACUGGGUCUUCAUGUGUUUCUUCGUCGGCAACGAUUUCCUGCCCCACUUGCCCAGUCUGGAGAUUCGUGAUCAGGGCAUCGAUCUGCUCAUCAGCAUCUGGCGUGAGCUUGCUGCCGAGAUGGACGACUACGUGACCAAGGACGGCUUCCCAGACAUGCGCCGCGUGCAGCAGAUCCUGACUGCCCUGGCUGGUAAGGAAGCUGACAUCUUCAAGAAGCGCAAAGAGGUCUCGGAUCGCCAGGCCGCCAAGCGCGCUCAGCGUGAGGCUGGCAACAACCGGGGCCGCGGCGGCCGUGGAGGUCGUGGAGGGCACGACAGCGGCGCGCCGCCCUUCAAGCGCGUCAAGGAAGACACCAGCACCUACAUGAACUCUGGCGUGCUGUUCUUCGCCCCGCAGGAUGCCCAGUCGAACGAAGUGCGCGACGCCCACAAGGACGUGCUCCACAACCGCGAUCUCCAGACGAACAAGAGCGCCGCAGCCCGUCUCAAGGAGAUGAUGAAGACCAAGGCUGAAGGCACCGCUCCAACAGACGAGUCGACGCCUGCCUCUGAAUCUGCUUCCGGCGCCGACACACCCGUCCACCUCGGCAAGCGCAAGGCGGACGAGGUCGAGGACGCGGACAACGGCACACCCGGGCGCAACACCCCCGUCGUGCCAGACGACCCGGUCCAGGCGCAGAAGAAGGACCCGGACGCACCCGCAGAGGACACCGUCAUGCUCUGGGAGCCCGGCUACGAGGAGCGCUACUACCAGCAAAAGUUCCACGUCGCGCCAGAUGACAUCGCCUUCCGCAACAAGGUCGCUCGCCAGUACGCCGAGGGUCUCUGUUGGGUGCUGGCGUACUACAUGCAAGGCUGCCCUUCGUGGACAUGGUACUUCCCCCACCACUAUGCUCCCUUCGCCGCCGAUUUCGUCGGUCUCGAAGACAUGAACCCACGCGAGCUGUUUGAGGAGGGCCAGCCUUUCCAUCCCUACGAGCAGCUGAUGGGUGUGUUGCCCGCCGCCUCCAACCACGCCAUCCCCGAGCCCUUCCGCGUCCUCAUGGAAGACCCCGAGUCGCCCAUCUACGACUUCUACCCUGUCGACUUCCCCAUCGACCUCAACGGCAAGAAGUUUGCCUGGCAGGGUGUCGCGGUCCUGCCCUUCAUCGACGAGAAGCGUCUCCUCGACGCCAUGGCGACAAAGUACCCCGAGCUGUCGCCCGAUGAGAAAGCGCGCAACGAGUUCGGCAAAGAAACGCUCAUGUUCUCGCAGCAAGGCCAGCUCUUCAACGACGCAAACACGGCGCUCUACCGCACCGCGCUCAAGAAAUGGGUCAUCGAUCACGCAAAGUCCGGCGCCCUGCACGGCGAGAUUGAGCCCCAUGACCUCUUCGUGCCGGACUCCCAGCUCGUGCCCCCGUUUGACGCAGACGGCGCGACCGACUUUGAACUCGUCCAGGACGGCUCUAUGAGGGUCUACUACGAGAUGCCCCCCUUGAGCGCCGCCAACGCACACAAAUCCGUGCUCCUCAAGGGCGUCAAGCUCCCCAUCCCCGCGCUCACAGAAGGCGACAUCGCAGCCACAAAGCGCAACCAGGACCGCGGCGGCCGCGGCGGAUACCGAGGACGUGGCGGGUACAACGACCGCGGUCGUGGCGGCCGCGGAGGGUACAACAACGACCGCAACGGCGGGUACAACAACGGCGGUCGUGGCGGCUACGGCGGCAACGGCGGCUACAAUGACCGCAAUAGCGCCGGUGGAUACGCCGCGCCCGCCGGCCCGCCCGGCUUCCCAGCGCCCUUUGUCCCAGGCGCAAACGCAUGGCCCCCGGCCCCGGCGAACGGCAUCCCGCCUCCCCCGCCGGGCUGGGUCCCGCCCCCAGGCUUCGGCGCUCCGGGCGGGUUUGCCGCACAGGGCCAGCAAGCAGGCCGACCAGCGUGGAUGGGGCAGCCGCAGCCGCGCGGCCCGCCGCCGUCUCACGCUGGCGGGAAUGGCUACGGAGGCGCGAAUCGCGAUUCGUAUGGCGGUGGUGGCGGUGGUGGCGGUGGUGGUGGUGGUAAUGGAGGGGGCUACCAGGGCAGAGACGCGUACAAUGGCGGUGCAGGUGCGAGGAGCGGCGGGUAUCAGGGCGCCAACGCGUACGGGGAUCGGCCGCGGAACGAGCGCAAUGGGCGCGGCGGGAGGGGAGGGUACAGCGGCGGCGGCGGUGGGAAUAGGUCGUAUGGCGGCAACGAUGGGCGGUGGAAGGAAGGCAGUGGUUAG